AUGUCGUGUUUUUGUAGGUUUAGACCGACGGGAGAAGAACUAUUCAUAACUUUGGGAUAUGGGCUCUUAGGUCUUGCUUUUCUAGUACCGCCAGAUGUCCUACUUUCCGCUGGCCUUACCAUUGAAAACAUAUUUCGCCGGUUUCUAGGGAGCGAAGAACUCUUCUUUGCGCACUACCAUCUUCGAAGAACAUCUCUCGUAAAGGCUGUUAUCAGCUUUCUUCCUCUUGUUUGUCUCUGGCAUUCUAGUAUCAUUCUGUUGCUUAGUUUCUCACCUAGAUAUCCGUAUUUAGGCUACUUUCUUACCUUGCGUGCAUUUGCGAAUCCAAAUGCUGGCUUGUCGAAUGUCGUUGGAAAUCUUGGUGUUGCUGUUACUGUCGUGGUGACCACCAUAGCUUGGGCUUAUAUCUACCUUGUGUGGUAUGCGAAUGGCCAAUGGACUGGCCAUCCCUCCAUGCACGCCAUGAAACGGAUAGCUGAAAGCCUCCUCUCCUCCACACCCCCCGUGACCUCGGAUGAACUCACUUUUCUUCGUUCUCAUCCAAGUUGGCAAGGUGUGGCUUCUAGCAUAAACAAGGAAUUUCGUCAAAUGGAGAAAUUUGUGGCCUACUCUGGUCGUGGUUUGACUUCUUCUUGGCCGGGGCGUCGCAUAGUUGUAACCCCCUCGUGGAUCCUCUAUUCACACCGGACAACCUUUCUCCCCAUCUGCCAACUCAUCACGCGAAUAAGUGCGGUUGUCGUUGAGACACGAAGCAUGACUAGCCAACGGGCAUCGGGGGGGUUGUCCUAUGGUGACGAUGACGAGUCAGCGCUUAGAGGUUCAUCAACCAUGGCAACCGUCCGAAUUGUGGAUGUCGAUGCUGGUGCUUGCUUGUUAUCCUUCGAUUUGCCGGCUGGUGAUCUGGAAAACCUUCGAAUUUACCUGCAGUGCCCACUGGUCUACGCUCAAGGCGUAUCUCUCGAACCAUCCAUCAUUCAGAAAUUUCUGGACGCCUUUUUUUCAGUUGUUAAGGAGAAUGAACCGAUUAGUCCGCCUUCACACGCGGAACCGGACCUCUGUAUUGGCUGCAUGUCCUCCCAGGCGAACGUCAUUCUCAAACGAGCCUGCGACGGUGGCGGUUGUGGUGUGUGCCGAUGCCGGCCAAUGUGGUGUGCCUCCUGCCUGGGUCGGUGGUUCGCCUCGCGCAUGACCCAACUGCGCAAACCCCCCUCCGAGUGGCUGGCAUCCCGCGUGCCCUGUCCCACGUGUCGCACGCUCUUCUGUGUGCGAGACGUGUGGCCUCUGAAGGAAGCCCCAUGA